UCAGCUUAUCAUCAUCCAACGGCCGGCGUCGACGCCGAUGCCGUCUCCCUCCCUUCCCGCCACCGCCGGUGCCGCCAUGGCUUCAACCGUCGCCGCCCUUCCCCCCAGGCUCCCGCCGUCGCCGCCUCCCAUCCAGACCCCUCACCGCCACCCCAACCCACGAGCAGCAAACCUGCAGGCGCUCUCGUCCGACCCCCCCUCCGCCUCCGACGCGGCGUCGCUCCUCGCCGCCGCCGCGCGCGCCGGCGACCUCCGCCUCGGCCGCGCGCUCCACCGCCGCCUCCUAGGCACCGAGGUCCUCGACGCCGACGCCCUGGUCGCGAACUCGCUCCUCACCAUGUACUCCAAGUGCGGCCACGUGAGGGCCGCGCGCAGGGUGUUCGACGGAAUGCGCGGGCUGCGGGACCUCGUGUCCUGGACAGCCAUGGCCUUCUGCCUCACGCGAAACGGCGCGGAGCAGGAGGCCCUGGUCCUCCUCGGCGAGAUGCUCGAGUCGGGGCUCCGGCCCAACGCGUUCACGCUCUGCGCCGCGGGGCACGCCUGCUUUCCCGGGGAGCUCUUUCGCUCGUCUGGCGGCACAGUGCUCGGGUUUGCAAUCAAGACAGGGUUCUGGGGCACCGACGUGUCGGUGGGCUGUGCCUUGAUCGAUAUGUUCGCCAGGAAUGGGGACCUUGUGGCAGCACGGAAGGUGUUUAAUGGGUUGGUUGAGAGGACAGUGGUCGUCUGGACGCUGAUGAUUACACGGUAUGUGCAAGGUGGGUGUGCAGGCAAGGCGGUCGAGUUAUUUCUUGGCAUGCUAGAAGAUGGUUUUGAGCCCGACGGAUACACCAUGAGCAGCAUGGUUUCGGCAUGCGCAGAGCAGGGAUCAGCUGGAUUGGGGCAGCAACUGCAUUCUCUAGUACUCCGUCUGGGGCUGGUUUCUGAUACUUGUGUGAGCUGUGGACUUGUGGACAUGUACACAAAAUUGCAAAUGGAACAGUCCAUGGAAUGUGCAAGGAAAGUCUUCAAACGAAUGCCCACACAUAAUGUCAUGUCAUGGACGGCACUGAUAUCUGGAUAUGUGCAAUGUGGAGGACAGGAAAACAAUGCAGUAGAACUCCUCUGCGAAAUGUUAAAUGAGAGCAUCGAACCAAACCACCUCACAUAUUCUAGUCUUCUUAAGGCCUGUGCGAACCUUUCUGAUCAAGAUUCAGGUAGACAGAUUCAUGCCCGUGUCAUGAAAACCAGCAUAGGGAAUGUAAACGUUGUUGGGAAUGCUCUGGUCAGCAUGUAUGCUGAAUCUGGUUGCAUGGAGGAGGCUAGAAAGGCGUUUGACCAGCUUUAUGAAAGGAACUUACUUUCCACCAGUUCUGAUAUUGGUGAAACUGGGAGGAGCAAUGCCUCUUGGAGUUCUCAGAUUGAGAGCAUGGAUGUUGGAGUCAGCACGUUCACGUUUGCUAGUCUGCUUAGUGCUGCUGCCACUGUAGGGUUGCCAACCAAGGGUCAGCAACUGCAUGCGCUUUCAAUCAAAACAGGUUUUGAGUCUGAUAAAGGUAUAAGCAACUCCCUUGUUUCCAUGUAUUCUAGGUGUGGAUAUUUGGAUGAUGCUUGUCGAGCAUUUGAUGAAAUGGAGGAUGACCAUAAUGUGAUUUCAUGGACUUCAAUAAUCAGUGCCUUAGCCAAGCAUGGGCACGCGGAACGAGCGUUGUCAUUGUUUCAUGACAUGAUUUUGUCCGGUGUCAAACCAAAUGAUGUCACAUACAUUGCUGUGUUAUCUGCCUGUAGCCAUGUUGGUCUGGUGAAAGAAGGAAAGGAAUACUUCAGAUCAAUGCAGAAGGAUCACAGACUCAUACCGAGAAUGGAACAUUAUGCUUGCAUGGUGGAUCUGCUUGCACGAUCAGGUCUUGUUCAAGAAGCCCUGGAGUUCAUUAAUGAAAUGCCCUGUAAAGCGGAUGCAUUGGUUUGGAAGACUCUCCUCGGUGCUUGUAGGACUUACGAAAAUAUUGAGAUUGGGGAAAUUGCAGCCAGGCAUGUCAUAGAUCUUGAGCCGCAAGAUCCAGCUCCAUAUGUCCUUCUCUCAAACUUGUAUGCCCAUGGUGGUUUAUGGGACGAAGUUGCAAGAAUAAGGAGUCUGAUGAGACACAGGAACUUGAGCAAAGAAACUGGCUUGAGUUGGAUGCAUGUUGGAAACACCAUUCACGAGUUCCGAGCUGGUGACACCAGCCAUCCGCGAGCACAAGAGAUCUAUGCAAAGUUGGCUGUGUUGAUCAGAGAAAUUAAAGACAUUGGCUAUGUACCAGACACAAGCAUUGUGCUCCAUGACAUGUCGGAUAAGCUCAAGGAGCAGUGUCUGCUUCAGCACAGCGAGAAGAUUGCUGUGGCAUUUGGUUUGAUUACUACGUUGCCAACAAAACCAAUAAGGAUCUUUAAGAAUCUCCGUGUGUGUGCAGAUUGCCAUUCUGCAAUCAAGUAUAUCUCUAAAUCCACUGGAAGGGAGAUAAUAUUGAGAGAUAGCAACAGGUUCCAUAGGAUGAAAGAUGGGAAAUGCUCAUGCGGAGAGUACUGGUGACUUGUGAAUGGCGAUUGAUGAGCAGGUGAUUGAUGCCUACGAAAAUACGAAAUGUUGAGGCGCCAUCUCCUGUUAAGAUCCAGCAGCCACUUAAACCCAACACGUGUAGCUGGGUAGGGGGCACAAAUUGCCGAAGCCCAGAGUUUGAUACUGCAUUCCCACAAAAACCAAGAUGUAUUGAAUUUGAGGCAGAAGACGGGUUGACACGUAAUGCGGGGUCAGACAAGAAAUCGCUUUUUAGGUACAGAUAUUUUAGUGCUCUAGAGGAUGGCAGCCAGGGGAGGCAUAGCUUCAUCUGACAGUGCUGCAUCCUCCAGAUUUAAACUUACAAGAUAUAUAUGAGAUGCUCAAGUGGAGGCAUAGACAGUAUUUUCUUCGAGUUUGCUUCAACACGAAUGAACCUUGCCAUA